UUCCCCUCCCUUAUCCCCCGUCUUUUUUAUCCGCUUCUGCGGCUGCUCCCACCCUUCCCCUUCUCUCUUUCGCUCGCUCUCGUCAGACGCCGCUGUCCCUAGCUUGCUUCCAUCACAAGCACUCGGGCGGAGCGAACCAGCCGGCGACGACCGGUGGUUGCCGCCGCGGCCAUCGCCGCCACCCCGCGCCUUUUAUGCUCGCGGCUGCUCGGUUCGUGGGCUCCGGUAGUGCGCUGCGAUCCUCUCGGCCACGGACCUUUCUGCGGGAGCGAAGAUUCCGGUAUGGAGGUGGAGGCGACGCCCACGGCGGCCGUGUCGUCUUCCGGCGGGGCCGCGCAGCUGCCGCCGCCCGGCCCGCCCGCCAAGAAGAAGCGUGCCCUCCCCGGCAUGCCAGAUCCUGACGCGGAGGUGAUCGCGCUGUCGCCCAAGACGCUGCUGGCGACGAACCGGUUCGUGUGCGAGAUCUGCAACAAGGGGUUCCAGCGGGACCAGAACCUGCAGCUCCACCGCCGGGGCCACAACCUACCGUGGAAGCUCCGGCAGCGGAGCGGCAAGGAGCCCCGGAAGCGGGUGUACGUGUGCCCGGAACCCAGCUGCGUUCACCACGACCCGUCGCGCGCGCUCGGCGACCUCACCGGCAUCAAGAAGCACUUCUGCCGCAAGCACGGCGAGAAGAAGUGGAAGUGCGACAAGUGCUCCAAGAAGUACGCCGUGCAGUCGGACUGGAAGGCGCACGUCAAGACCUGCGGCUCCCGGGAGUACCGCUGCGACUGCGGCACCCUCUUCUCCAGGAGGGACAGCUUCAUCACUCACCGCGCCUUCUGCGACGCGCUCGCCGAGGAGAGCGCCAAGGCGCGCGCGGAGGCGCCUCCCGCCGAGGACGACGGGGGCUCGGCUGCCGCCGUCGGUCCGCCACCGGCCGCCCCGCCAACUCAGGCGCCAGUACCUGCCGCGCCGGGGCCGCUGAGGCAGCAACCGCCCCCGCCGCCGCCUGCUCCUCCUCACCGUGCGGACCAACGUAAUGAGCCGGAGACCAAGGCGCCUGAGCCCACUCAGUUUGCGCCGCCGCUGCCCUCUCCGGCGGCGGCGGUGCCGGUGCUUUCGCAUAAUUCGGUCACAGCUGCGAAUGUCAGCGCCAGCAGCAGCAGCAGCGUCGCGGGGACAUCGCAGGGCCUGAUCGGCGGCAUGUUCGCACCGUCGUCGAUGGCCCCAGCGCCGCAUUUCCCGGACCUCGGCGGCGGGGUCGGCCGCCCAGAGCGCGCGAUGCCUGGCAAGCCCCCAUCACUGUGCCUCGCCACGGACGCGUCGUCCUCGAUCUUCUCGGCACCAGUAGCCGCUGACCGGCAACAAUUCGCGCCACCCCCGCCGCCUUCCCCGUCGCCGCACAUGUCCGCCACCGCGCUGCUCCAGAAGGCCGCGCAGAUGGGCGCUACGUCGUCAACCUCCUCGUUCCUCCGAGGGCUGGGCCUCGACGCAUCCUCGUCAUCGCCGGGGGCCUCGUCGUCCGGCCAGCAGCACUACCACGACGCCAUGCAAGUGUCGCUCGCGGAGACGUCGCUGCAGCAAUGGCCCCCGCGGCUGGAACAGGAGCCGGCGCCGGUGCUGUCGGCCGGGCUCGGCCUCAGCCUGCCGUACGACUCCACCGGCGCGCCGGUGUGCCUGCCGGAGCUCAUGAUGGGCCAGACGUCGCUGUUCGGCGGCAAGCCGGCUACCCUGGACUUCCUGGGGCUAGGGGUGAGCCCGACCGGCGCGUCGGCAAGCAGAGGGCUCCCCGCGUUCAUGCAGCCCAUCGGCGGCGCCGUCGAGAUAGCCGGUACCGGCGCCGGCGCCGCCGAGACGUUCGUCGCCGGCCGUGGCCCGCAGGCGACGCCGUGGGAGAGGAAUCCGAGCACCUCGCCCAUCCUGUAGCAACACUAGCUAGCAGGUAGUGAACCACUGAACCCCAACCCCCAAGCGCUGUGAUUUUGGGCAAAAGGAUGGAAGGAUUGUCGGAGGAAACAAACAGUAGACGCCAGGUUCGAUUAGCAGCUAGAGUUUCCCGCUGUCUGUUCUCGCUGUUCUUUUGUUUUUUUAGAUUUGGGAGCAUGUUACAGCAAGUAAGCUGAAAGGAUCAUAUCAGUUCUUUCUGUUGUGUUCUCGGCUCUCGCCCUUGUCGCA